AUGGAGGCGUCGUUGAAUUUGAGCUUAGCCGAAGACGACGAUGAGUUUCUGAUGCCGUCGAUGAUCGACAUGUCCAAGUACACCUCCGUGCAGGACGUUUUGCCCCCUCCGAACAAUGAAGACCUGCACGUCGUCAUCAUGGCAAUUUCCUAUUUGUUGCUGUUUCUUCUGGGUACAUGCGGAAACGUGGCGGUGCUGACUACCAUUUACCACGUCGUUCGUUCCAGUCGGUCGGCUCUCGACAAUACUCUCGUCUACGUCAUCGUUCUCUCAUGCGUCGAUUUCGGAGUGUGCCUUAGUCUGCCGUUCACCGUAAUCGACCAGAUUCUCGGAUUCUGGAUGUUCGGCUCGGUACCGUGCAAACUUCAUGCCGUAUUCGAAAACUUCGGCAAGAUCCUCUCAGCACUCAUACUGACUGCCAUGUCGUUCGAUCGUUACGCUGGAGUCUGUCAUCCUCAGAAGAAAUUUCUCAGGUCUCGAAAGUUGGCCAUCACCAUUCUCAUAGGCUUAGCCGCGUACGCGCUUAUCACUCUCUGCCCUCUUCUGUGGUCGUUCGCUUCUAGGGAGAUCAUCAUGUUUGCCAGGGAGACCGGCUAUCGAAAGAUAACUAGGAUGAAAAUCGAGAAAUGCACGGUGGACAUCGACUCGCAGAUGUUCACUGCUUUCACCAUCUACCAGUUUGUGCUCUGUUACUGCACACCGUUGAUACUUAUCGCCUAUUUCUACUCGAAACUUCUUAGAAAACUUCGUCAACACGCUAGGACAUUCAAGUCAUCACACAUUCCCCUGAUGAGAAUAUCGCUGUACACGCUGGCGGUCGCAUGCUUCUACUUCCUGUGUUGGACACCGUUCUGGAUGGCUACCGUAUUCGCUGUCUACCUUGAAAAUGCAGGUGGUUCCGAGGGAACCGUUCCACCACUUUUCGUCUAUAUUAUGUAUUUUAUUCAUGCUUUACCGUUCACGAAUUCGGCUAUCAAUUGGAUUCUCUACGGUGCUCUGAAUGGACAAUUACAACAACGGUGUCGACGUAGUCGAUCGGGUAGAAGCCUGGGUCAAACAAAGGCAGCACCGCCGAGUGAUGUUAAGUUCGCUGGCACGGCGAAUGGUUUAUCGACGAUGCAGUCGAUUCCGACGAACGCGAUGAUCAGCAGCGCUGAGCAGGAAAUGGUUGACGUUCGUCUGCUUGCCGCUCAAGGACCCACUUUUCUCUAG